CGUGAUGCCGCGUACCUAACCUUCUCUCACACAAUUGCAAAUGGCUGCCUACCUUUCUCGGCUUUCUCGUGUUCGGUGUUCGUCGUAUUAUUUAUUCCCAUAAUUAAAUCUUUAAAAAAAAAAUGAAUCCUAAUGUGCCAAAAGAAAUUGCCGAAAUGGCAGAAGAAGCGCGAGGAGACAUUCUGCCUGAAAAAUAAAAAAAAAUUACGAGGCGUCGUAUGCGUCCUUUGUAAAGUGGAAAAAUUCUAAUAAUGUGCACGAAACAAGUGAAACAGUUCUCCUCGCAUAUUUCAAAAACUUGGCGGAUAAGUAUAAGCCACCGACAUUGUGGUCUCAUUAUUCUAUGGUCAAGUCAAUGAUCAAUUUAAAUGAGAAAAUUAACGUAGAGAAGUUUCUCGCAAUACUCGCGUUUUUAAAGAAAAAAUCCCAUGGCUAUUUAUCCAAAAAGUCAAAGGUAUUUACCACGGAUGAAAUAGAGAACUAUCUAAAUGUUUUUCCUGAUAAUCAACAUUUAGAUAAAAAGGUUAUCAUGAUCUUUGGGAUAUUCGGUGCUCUGCGAAGCGACGAAUUGGUUAAAGUUAAAGUUGAACAUGUGAAAAAGCAAGGAGAAAUUUAUCAUGUUAUUGUCCCAGUGACAAAAAAUAUGAUGCCAAGGUCAUUGACUAUUACUGGUGAAUUUUGUAAGUACGUGGAAAACUAUUCGAAACUCCGUCCGAAACUUGCUACUGAGGAUAGAUUCUUCUUGAACUUUCAAAAUGGAAAAUGCACCGUACAGGCUAUAGGAAAAAACAAAUUUGCUAGCACUCUGCAAAAAAUUGUCGAAUUUCUACAACUACCUGAUCCUAAAGAAUACACGGGUCACAGUUUUAGAAGAAGUUCAGCCACCAUAUUGGUUGAUGCGGGUGCUGAUUUGACAGUUUUAAAAAGGCAUGGCGGGUGGAAAAGCAGUACAGUUGCUGAAGGCUAUAUAGAGGAGUCACUGGGAAAUAAGAGAAAAAUUAGCUCGCUUUACUGCAAUGCUAUUAACUUGCCAUCAACUUCAGAUCAUUCUGAAAAUAGUGCAUCACCAAACUCUUGUCUUCAGAAUCUUCACUAAAAAAGUUGCUAAAAGAUAAAAAUUUAAACUUUCAAAAUUGCAAUGUUACGAUUAAUUUUCAGUAAACUAUGGUAACACUGCCUAAUACUCGUUAAAAUGUAAUUUAACGUUCUCGAAAUCUAUCAGUCAAUUGUUUAUGUUUAAGACAGCUAAUUUUUUAUUUUAAGCGAUAAUUACAAUUUAUCAACAUUGUCUCGACAUUAAUUACAAUUUUAUAAAUAAUUACUAAGUGUUUAAUUGUUUGUAAAAAAGAGUUUAUUACAAUAUAAAUAUUUUUAACAAUGCUAAAACUCGAAAGACUGAUUUAAUAUUUUAAAUUCUACUUUAUUUAACGUUAACGAAAUCCAUCAGUCAAUUGUUUAUGUUUAAGACAGUUAACUUUUUAUUUUAAACGAUAAUUACAAAUUAUCAACGUUGUCUCGACAUUAGUUAUAAUUUUAUAUAUAAUUACUAAAUGUUUAAUUGUUCGUAAAAAAAUUUAUUACAAUAUAAAUAUCUGUGACAUUGUUGAAACUCGAAAGACUGAUUUAAAACUUUAAAUUCUACUUUAUUUAAGGUUUUCGAAAUGUAUCAGUCAAUUUUUCAUGUUUAAGACAGUUAAUUUUUUAUUUUAAACGAUAAAUACAAAUUAUCAACACAGACUAAACAUUAAUUAUAAUUUUCUGUAGUAUUACUAUGCAUUUAAUUGUUUGUAAAAAAAGUUUAUUAAAAAAUAAAUAUUUUUGACAUUUCAUAAUGUUUAAUUUAUACCAUAUCAAGUUCUUAGUUGUUUUUUUGUGUGAAUAUUAUUAUUAUUUUUAUUAAUACUACUAAGUACGCCACCAGGUUUCGGGGAGCUUCGCCCCCCCCAUGCGUCCGCUAACUUGGCGUAUUAUAGCUUGCCAUUUUUAAAAAUGUCAAAGUUUUUUAUUAUUAUUUUGAGUUGGUUUUUUGUGGUCGGGGGAGACCCCCCGAACCCCCCCGCGCGACAGAACAGGCUUAUACAUUUCAAUGUAUAUCGGUCAACUAGUCUGUACCAUAACUAAGUUUAGGGAAGUUAGUUUUUGUGCCUUUGGAAUAAAAAGUAUCGUAAGCGCUACGUGGGUAAGCCAUUUAUUUUCUCGACUGAUGUUUGCAGCACGAGUUGUAGGCGAGGGCGCCCUCGCCUACAACUUGUGGUGCAAACAUCAGUCGAGAAAAUAAAUGAUACGCUUUACCCACUAGCUGCUUAAUGUACCCAGUAAAAAAAAACUAAUUCAAAUGAAUUGAAACGAAUUAACAUUUUUGGUAGGCUCCAAUUCGUAUUUGUCACAAAGCGGGAUUCACUCAAGCUCUUU